AGCCCCGCCGUUCCUCCCAUGAGCCAUCACCGCUCAGUGCAGUGCCCCGCUAAAUCUCUUGCUGCGUUGGAGUCUCACUCCCUCGACUCGCUGCCCCGCCUUCGCUAGCACCACCACAACAGCACCAUGUUCUGGCGCUUCGGCGGCUACGCGCAGCUGUCGUCGCUGGACAGCAUCCUUGACAAGCCUGAUGUCACCGUCGAGGAGCUGCUGGACGAGUCGGACCUGAUACAGGAGCUGAAGCAGCAGAACUCAAAGCUUAUCGAGUACCUGCGCGACGAGAAUGUCCUCGAGCGCCUGCUGCGCUAUGUCACUGCUCCCAAGUCCUCCGAACCGGAGGGCGAGGCGACGUCUGGCGAGACUCUCGGCGAGGUUGGUAGUCCCAGCCGUCAGAGCUUCUUCGAAAAGGUCGCAGGGCGCGCGCGCUCGACCUCGACGGCAAAGUCAGAUGCCGGCGAUGGAGAGGAGACCAAAGAGGAACGCCAGCGAAUGAAGUACGCAUAUGUCUCUUGCGAGAUCCUCUCGUCAGAAGUCUGGUCGAUAUCCGAGGCCGUGUUGGAGAACCAGGAUUCGUUGAAACAAUUCUGGGCGUACAUCAAGCAGCCUGCGCCACUCGACCCGGUGCAGGCUGGCUACUUCACCAAGGUCAACGAAUCGCUGCUGGACCGCAAGAUGGAGGAGAUGCUGGAUUUCUUCAAGUCUCUUGACAACGUUGUAACAGAUAUGCUCCAGCACGUCGACUGUCCGGUCAUCAUGGACCUGCUCCUCAAGAUCAUCAGUCUUGAGAAGAGCGAGGGCGGACAGGGUAUUGUAGAUUGGUUACAACAGCAAGACCUCGUACCCCGGUUAAUCGCGUUCCUGGGACCCGACCAUUCUACAUCGACACAGACAUCGGCCGGCGACUUCUUGAAAGCAAUCAUAACAAUAUCGGCCAACGCAACCACCCAGGAUCAAUCGGUCAUAGGGCCCAAUGAGCUGACGCGUCAGCUCGUGUCUGAGGCUUGUCUCAAGCAAUUGAUUGAGUAUAUGCUACGUGGUGGCAACCCGUUGACGGUGGGCGUGGGAAUAAUUAUUGAGGUUAUCCGCAAGAACAACUCCGACUACGAUUUGGAGAAUCAGAUUGGGCCCGUACCUAAGAACUCGGAUCCCAUUUACCUGGGUACGCUGCUACGCCAGUUCGCAAACAACAUUCCGCAAUUCAUGGAACUGGUGCACAGCUCCAGCAGAGUUGUCGUUCAGAACGAUGGGUCUACAGCGAUGAAGAAGCGAGAGUUAAAGACGGCAUUUGGAGAGAAGAUCGAGCCAUUAGGGUUUGACCGAUUCAAGACUUGCGAACUCAUGGCCGAGCUGCUGCAUUGCAGUAACAUGGCGCUUCUCAACGAGCGCGGAAGCGAGGCUGAAGUCAAGAGACGAGAUGCUGAGCGCGAACGUCUAAAGGCCGAGGGCAAGUUGACGUCGGGCAACUCCGCCAACCUUGGCGACUUCUCCACCAGUGUCGACAGCCAAGGCUUCCACCACGCGCGCGCACCCUCUGUAGAUUCGCCUGAAGAGAUCAAACCACUGCAGGUGCAGAACAACUCGGAAGAUGAUUUCGAGAAGGUGACUGCGCCGGAAGUCGCAGUAGCCACAAUCGAAGCCACGGAGAAGGAGCAGAUCGGCGAGCCUUUGGAGCGCUCGCCCAAGACCGACCCAAAAGAGUCACCCGCCGAGAAGUCGGGCGAAGGUGACGGCGAUUUCGUGGACGAGCCACUGACGCCCCCCAAGGACGCAGCGUCACCCGCUGCGACUACUCCUGCUAAAGCCGCUGACGAUGCCGAAUCACCAACUUCGGCAGGUUUGACGUCCAAGGUCGGAGGCCUCGACCUCGACAACGACACUGUCAUGGGGGACAGGGAAGAGGCCGUCGUAGAGACCAAAGAGGAGGCCGGCCCAAAGCCAACUCCCUCUCUUCUGACACAACAACUGAACCAAACAGAGGAACCCGAGCCACUCUCACCGUAUGAUGCUGAUAAGCCUGCGCCGCUGUUUGCAGGUAAGAACCGCGAGAGCAACACGGAGGCUACCAAGGUCGAUACCACCAAAUUCACAGCAGCUGCACCAGAAGAUACUGCAGAGGCAACUCCCAUUGAUGACGCAUCUAGCGUUCGUUCAGUGUUGUUUGGCGGAGGCGAGAAUCAGGCUGAUCAGUAUGUGGUCGACAUCGAUGACACCCCUGUUGUCGGCGACCUCCUGAAGAUGACUUUUGUUGAAAACAAGGUCGUACCGACAAUUCUCGACUUCUUCUUUCGUUUCCCAUGGAACAAUUUUCUCCACAAUGUUGUGUACGAUGUUGUGCAGCAAGUAUUCAACGGCCAGAUGGAGCAUGGCUACAACCGAUCGCUAGCAAUUGACCUCUUCCAGACAGGUCGAAUCACCGAACGUAUCAUCGAAGGUCAGCAAGCGAGCGACAAGGCUCAGCAAGAGACCCACAUGAGGCUGGGCUACAUGGGUCACCUUACCCUGAUCGCAGAAGAGGUACUCAAGUUCACAGAAAGACAUCCGACGGAGAUACUUUCCCAAGCGGUCGUCGAGAAGGUCCACAGUGAGGAGUGGAUAUACUACGUCGAACACGUUCUUUCAGACACUCGUGAGAGGGACAACGCAAUUCUUGGUGGUGUGCGACCUGAUAUGAGUGUGGGCCCCAGACAAGCCGUACUCAACGCCGUGAAUGCCGCGUCUGGCUUUAGUGGAGACGGCGGUCUCUCCAAUGCUACCGCUGGCAAUAAUGGCGCUGUCGGGCUCGACAGCAUGGACCUGGCUCAACAAGGCGACACCGGGGGUGGGGGAUACACCUUCAGCGGUGGCUCCCUGCUCAGCGGCUUCACUAACUCGAGUGACGAAGAGGAUGAAGACAUGGAAGACGACGACGGCAACAGGGAACGACAGGGACCUGUUGACGAUUCCGAACAAGUGGGUGAAGUCUCAUUUGACGAUGCUGAUAUGGACUACCGAUAAUUCCGUCUCAUCCGAACCCUACCCGAGCCAACACCACGAUCUUGU